AUUGAUAGGCAGAAUAGAGUUGAGAUCAAGGUGGACCGAAAACGGAAGGUAAAGGCGAGAACGGAGGUGCUGGCCGCGAACCCCGCAGACGUCAGCUGCUCUGGGGGGUCUCGGUUCAAUGCAUACCAGCUCGAGCACUCUUGCAUUGUGACCUAUCAAAAGACAAUCUGUCAAACCAACCCGCCAUCAUGGCGCCAGCAUCUUCCCUAGUUAACAAGCUCAAAGUGCAGCUCAAGCUGUCAAUCUCGCGCCUCCGCAUGGUACAGCAAAAGGACACUGCAAUCGCCAAACAACAACGCCGCGCCAUGGCCCAACUCCUCGAACAAGCCAAAGACGAAUCCGCCCGCAUCCGCGUCGAAAACAUCAUCCGCAGCGACCUCACCACCGAGCUCCUCGAGAUCCUAGAACUGUAUUGCGAAUUGCUGCUCGCUCGCGCCGGCUUGCUGGAAGCCAAAGAAUGCGAUGCCGGCUUGGAAGAGGCGGUCAAGAGUAUCAUAUUCGCGGCACCCAGGACCGAUGUCAAAGAGUUGCAUAAUGUGAGGGCGUUGCUGGCUGAGAAGUUUGGCAAGGAGUUUGUGCUCGAUGCGACGGAGAAUAGAGAUGACAAGGUUGCUAAGAGGGUGGUUGAUCGGUUGAGGGUUGAGCCGCCAAAGACGGAGUUGGUCGAGGCCUAUCUGUCGACCAUCGCGGACGCAUACAAUAUCGACUGGCCCAAGGGUCGAUUGGCUGCUAGGGAAGCCGCUGCCAAUGGAAAUGACGAGGAUGAGGACGAUUAUGAUCCUAGUGGUGGACAGAAGGUGCCGGCUUAUGAGGCUUCGGAAGAGACGGAAUCGCUGGCUCAUGCUACGCCCCCUCGCAACUUGGGUAUGAAGAGUCCGGUCAGCGUGGUGCCGCCGAGUCCAUCUACCGACAACGUCUCUCCACGUAUCAAGUUACCAGGACCUCCAGAUCUCAAACCCUCAGCCAAGAUGGUAAAAGCCAACAAACCCGAUACAAGCGGUCCUGGAGGCAAGAUCCCUGAUGUCAACGAGUUGGCAGCCAGGUUCGCUCAAUUGAAGAGGUAGCGCCCUUCUUGCUUCUCGAUAUAGAGU